AUGUGGAUUCCGACUCGGCGGGCCUGGGGCCGCGCUAGGGCUCUGCAGUUCGUUCUUGGGGAAGACGUCCACCCACAUCCACCCUCUGCUUCUCAUUGUAAUCUCGCCACGUUCACUCUUAAGGUGCACAUGGGACUGUGCGUGCUGGGCAUCGUGGGGAUGGCGCUCACCAACUCUCUGAUGUGGACGUUCUUCAGCCGGGGCCUCAGUUUCUCCAUGUCUUCGGCCAUCGCCUCGGUGACCGUGACGUUUUCAAACAUCCUCAGCUCGGCGUUCCUGGGCUACGUGCUGUACGGGGAGUUCCAGGAGGUCCUGUGGUGGGGCGGCGUGUUCCUCAUCCUCUGCGGACUCACCCUGAUCCACAGGAAGCUCCCGCCCACCUGGAAGGCCCUCCCGCAUAAGCUGCAGUAGACGGUGGGCAGACGGUGGGACGGGACGGAAGAAUGAAGGACCAGCUGGAGGGAGAAGGGGCAUCCGGGCUCCACCAGAGGAGGGGCUGGCCAGGCCGCCAGGCAGCCUGCUCUUGGGAGAAGCGGGGCUGCGGAAAGGGCCGGCGCGGCCACAGCAGUGCCCCGAGGGCCCCGGACACCCUGGAGUAUCUGUCCUGUCCUGCUGGCACGGGAGCUGUGGCAGAGGCCGGUGGCCCAGGGCCAGUCUGCUUGUGGUGUGGCGCCUGAAGCCGCCGCCGUCAUCGUCCUCAUCACCAUGUGGCUCUGCCAAGGCCAAAGUGGUGUGGCGCUCAGGUCCGUGACUGGUGGGGGCAUGCACCCAUGUCCCGGGCCAGGCCGGGCACCGAGUGUCACUGCAGCGUGAGAAGGAAGACGGGUGGAUAAUAAACACUGGGUGUUGUUUUUGA